GUCUCCCCGCACCCUUUCCUUUCCUGGGGGCUGGAGGGCCGGGCUCCGCCCCAUCGCCGCCGCGAGCGAGCACCCUGCCGCCCCGGGCUGCAGCCGCUGACCCUAGCCCAGAGCUCCAGCACGCUCCGGGCAGUCGGGGGCGCGGGCGGAGAAAUGGGUCCCAGGAGACAAGUGUGACCUUGGAGUGCAGCCCGCCAGCCUGACACCUGGUUGGAGAGGGAGAGAACCAUGGACGGCAUAAUUGAACAGAAGAGUGUGCUGGUGCAUAGUAAAAUCAGUGAUGCUGGCAAGAGGAAUGGGUUAAUUAACACCAGAAAUUUCAUGGCUGAGAGCAGAGAUGGCCUGGUGUCUGUUUACCCAGCACCACAGUACCAGAGCUGCUGUGUGGUAGGCAGCGCAGCGGCAGCCACCCUGGACAGCAGCAGGAGUGAACCAGUCCAGCAGCUGCUAGACCCCAACACCCUUCCACAGUCUGUGGAGUCCCAUUUCCGUCCCAACAUCAUUCUCUACUCAGAGGGCGUGCUGCGCUCUUGGGGGGAUGGCGUGGCUGCCGACUGUUGUGAGACCACCUUCAUUGAGGACCGGUCACCCACCAAAGAGAGCCUGGAGUACCCUGAUGGGAAGUUCAUCGACCUCUCACCUGACGACAUCAAGAUCCACACCCUGUCCUACGAUGUGGAGGAGGAGGAGGAAUUCCAGGAGUUGGAG